AGACAAAUAACUUUAGUAUUGGAUUCUGUACAACCUCACUUUGACUAACACAAGUAUGCUCAGGAUUGUAAGGGGUCAAGGUAUGACACAGACCUCUACAAUGCUUUUAUUGUUAAGUUUUUCUGCAUUGUAGAAUCAUAUUGAAUUGAAGGAACAUAUGGCUGUGGCUUUUGUUGGAGAAGCAUUCCUCUCAGCUGCUGUGGAGGUUCUGUUGGACAGGAUCAUUUCUCAUGAGUUUCUAGACUUUUUUUGUCGCAAAAAGCUUGACAUUUCGCUCCUGAAAAAUCUUAGAAUAAAACUGCUGAGUCUUCAAGCUGUACUAAAUGAUGCUGAAGAGAAACAAAUCACCAAUCCUGCAGUCAAAGAGUGGCUGGAUGAGCUCACACAUGCUGUUUUUGAUGCUGAUGAUUUGUUAGAUGAAAUCAACACUGAGGCUUUGCGAUGCAAAUUGGAAGCCAAGUCUAUGAGUCAAUCCACUAGUGAUCAGGUGCUGAACUUCCUUUCGUAUCCUUUCAACCAGUUUCAGAAAGUUAUCCAUUUGAAAAUACAAGCAUUGUUUCAAAGAUUAGAACAUUUUGCACUGCAAAAGGACAUUCUUCAACUGAAAGAAGGUGUUUCUGGCAGUGUUUGGCAUGGAACUCCUACAAGUUCUGUGGUAGAUGAAUCUACUAUUUAUGGCAGAGAUGGUGACAGAAAGAAACUUAAAAAUUAUUUGAUGUCAGAAGAUGCUAGUGGCAGUGGUUGUAAAAUAGGAGUGAUUUCAAUUGUGGGCAUGGGAGGGCUUGGGAAAACAACACUUGCUAAACUCCUUUACAAUGAUAGAGAUGUUCAAGAGAAAUUUGAUCUGAAAGCAUGGGCAUAUAUUUCAAAUGAUUUUGAUGUUUGCAAGGUUACCAGAACCAUUCUUGAAUCUGUCACUUUCAAACCAUUUGACACAAACAACCUGAAUAUUCUACAAGUAGAAUUGCAACAAAGCUUGAUCCAGAAAAGAUUUUUGCUUGUAUUGGAUGACAUAUGGAAUGGAAGCUAUGUUGAUUGGAACAAUUUAAUGGACAUUUUUAGCACAGGGAAAAUGGGGAGUAGAAUCAUCAUCACAACUCGAGAUGAGAGUGUUGCAAGAGCCAUGCAAACCUUUUUACCAAUUUACCAUUUGACAUGUCUAGCUAGUGAAGAUUGCUGGUAUCUACUCGCUAAACAUGCAUUUGGAGCAAAUAAUUGUAGUGAACAAUCCAACCUAGAACUAAUAGGUAAAGAAAUUGCCAAAAAAUGUGAUGGCUUACCAUUAGCUGCAGUAGCACUUGGGGGUCUACUUCGCACCAAAUUAUCAGAAAAUUAUUGGAACAAAGUAUUAGAAAGCAACAUUUGGGAUUUGCCAAAUGUUAAGGUGCUACCAGCUUUGUUAUUGAGCUAUCAUUUUCUUCCUGCUCCUUUAAAACGGUGCUUUGCUUACAUGUCAAUAUUUCCGAAGAACUCCAAGUUGGAAAAACAUAUGGUAGUUCGGCUAUGGAUUGCAGAAGGCCUAGUAUGUGAGUCAAAAAGUAGCAAAACUAUGGAAGAAGUUGGAGAUGAAUACUUUGAUGAACUAGUAUCAAGAUCACUAAUACAUCAAGGAUCACUCAGUGGGCAAGCAAACUUUAAAUUGCAUGAUCUCAUCAAUGAUUUAGCAACAAUGAUUUCAUCUUCAUAUUGUAUCAGGUAUGACUAUAAGGAUCCAAUGUCACAUGCUAGAGUUGAAAGAAUUCGGCAUUUUUCAUACAACAAAGGGAAGUACGACUCUUUCAAUAAAUUUGAUAGCCUUUAUGGAUCAAAAGGUCUUCGUACAUUCAUAGCCUUGCCAUUAAGACUAUGGUGGUUAAGAAGUAAUUGUUUUGCCCACCAUUACAUAUCAAACAAGGUUGUACAUGACUUGUUACCAACAAUGAGACAACUAAGGGUUUUGUCUUUGUCACACUAUAUUAAUGUCACUGAAGUGCCUGAUUAUAUUGGAAGUUUAAUUUACCUACGGUACUUAGAUCUUUCUAACUCUAAAAUUCAAAGGUUGCCAGAUGUAAUUUGCAAGCUUUACAAUAUGCAGACCUUGCUGUUGUUCAAUUGUAGUUUACUUACUCAAUUGCCUGAGGACAUUGGAAAUUUGGUUAAUCUACGACACCUAGACAUUAGUGGGACUAAAUUGAACAAAAUGCCUGCACAAAUAGCCUCACUACACAAUCUUCAAACCUUGUCCACCUUUGUCAUCAGCGAACUGCAAGAUGGAUUGAAGGUUGGAGAGUUGAAAAAUUUUCCUCAUCUAAAGGGGAAGCUUUCCAUUUUAAAGCUACAAAAUGUUGUUGAACCCUCUGAAGUUUUCCAAGCCAAUUUGAAGAAUAAUAAACAAAUAGAAGAGUUAGCACUAGAAUGGGAUUGUGGCACCACUGAAGACACACAAACUGUAAGGCUUGUACUUGAACAGCUGCAGCCACCAAAAAAUUUGAAGAAACUGACCAUCAAAUUCUAUGGUGGAACCAGCUUUCCAACUUGGUUGGGUGAUUCUUCAUUUGGAAACAUGGUGUACUUAUUCAUGAGUGGUUGUGAUCAUUGUUGGUCACUACCUCCCCUUGGAAGAUUAGUUAGUCUCCAAGAACUCUAUAUUUCUGGGAUGAAAUCAGUGAGGACUAUUGGUACUGAAUUCUAUGGAAGUGAUUCACCUUCAUUUCAACCAUUUCCCUCCUUGGAGAUUCUAAGUUUUGAUGAGAUGCCAGAGUGGGAGGAAUGGAACUUGUUUGGAGGAACAAUUAUUGAGUUUCCUAGCCUAUUAUAUCUAUCUAUCAAGGAUUGUCCCAAACUCAAAGGAACCUUACCCAACAAUCUCCCUUCCUCAAUUGAUUUUGAGUUAUGUAACUGUCCUCUAUUGUUUCCAUUGGUUUGUCCUGAACUCAGAGAAAACUUAUCAACCGAUCUCAUUUCUUCAAUUGUGCUCAAGUCCACCGAUUUCAUCCUAGACUUAACUAUCUCAGGCAUUACCUCCCCAGCAUCCUUAAGAAGUCUCCCCACAGCAUUGAGAUCUAUUACUUUACGCAAUUGCGAGAAACUAGAAUUCCUACCUCAUGAAUCCUUGCAAAGUUACACAUCACUUAAGGAUUUGAAAAUAUUUGAUAGUUGCUGUUCACUGACUUCCUUUACCUUAGGCUGUCUCUCUGUGCUAGAAAAUCUUUACAUUUCUAGUUCCAAGAAUUUGAAAUCCAUUGGUAUUGCAGAAAAUGCUUCUCAUAGUCUCUCACUUCUCCAACGUUUGAGCAUAUCUGAUUGUCCUGAACUUGACUCAUUUCCUAUGGGUGGAUUGCUCACUCCUAACCUCAUUCAUCUGCAGUUGUUGAACUGUGACAAGCUCAAUUCGCUUCCGGUACCAAUCAACAAUCUUGUUUCCCUUCAAUUAUUGAACAUUAGUGGUCUUCCAAAUCUUGAGUCUUUUGCAAAUGAGGGUUUGCCUAUAAGGCUACGUUGUAUAUAUGUCUAUAAUAUGGGGAGUUUUUGGACAAAAUCUAUGAGUCAGUGGGGUUUGCAAAGGCUCACAUGUCUUUCAACAUUGUACAUUGGAGGUGAUGACAUUUUGAAUGUGCUAAUGAAAAUGAAUGUGCCAUUGUUGCCUACUUCUCUUGUGUCCUUAUGCAUAUAUAAUCUUUGUGAUGUAAAAUGCUUGGAUGGAAAGUGGCUUCAGCAUCUCACAUCUCUUGAAAACCUUGAAAUUUCGAAUGCUUACCAGCUUGAAUCAUUACCUGAAGAGGGAUUGCCUUCCUCUCUUUCAGUAUUCACCAUCAUGAGAUGUCCAUUGUUAGAAGCAAGUUGUGGUGAAGGAGGGAAAGAGUGGCCAAAGAUUUCUUGCAUUCAAUGCAUAAUUAUCAACAAGAAAGUGAUCAUAUAAGUGUAUUGUUCAGGUGUGUAACUAAUAGCUUUUCGCUUGCCUUUUGCCAUCAUAUAUUGGAGUUUUCUGUUGGACAAAACAAAGAUGCACUUACUUAUGUGCUCUUGGUAUUAUUAUGUAAUAGAAUUUCAUCUUGUGACCUGUGUUAAUCUUUAAUGCAAACAUUUAUCAUGCUUUUUAUCAAAGUGAAACUUCUUUGUUAAUUGAAAAACAAUACCAAAAGCAGUUAAAAAACUGUAUAUAAGUUUUUCCAUUUGCAAUAUCUUUACAAGGAUUGCUUUAUUAUGGAUUUAUGUAGGAAAGCCAUUGUUAUUUCUUGGCAUCAUUGGGAAGUAGUCUACAAUACUGAUACAGACUCGGAAGUAGCAGACUAUUGAAGCUUAAUAAAUGUAGGAACUGCAUGACUACAAGUUGAAUCUGAAGAUCCUUGAUGCUGAGUAUUAGAUUUUGAGAGAUUUCUGACUUGAGAAAAUUGCAUUAUUCAACCCACUGUUGUAUUAGAUUCUUCCAUCAUCAAUCAGUACUUUUAUGGGAGAAUCUUGGCUAGUCAUUGUUCAAAGGUGAUAAAUGUUGUCACUACUUUCCUUUCUUCUGUAAACAUCAGUUGCAGCUUCCAUUUGCAUGUAGCAGUUAUACCAAACCCCCUGUUCCAUUGUCUUGUUAAUUAUUUAUGAAACCUUAUAUUCUGUGUAUUUUGUACUUCUCAAAACUGAAAACUUUUCAUCAUUGCCUUCACUCAAUAUUUCACUGAUCCUCUUUAGUCUAUGCAUCCAACUUGAGUACUUUAAGUCGGUGCUUUUAUGGUUUUUGCUAUCCUGGGUUUCACUUUUUUCAAUCUGCCUCAGUAGUG